GAAAUUCUGGACCGCACUGGCUACUCUCUGGAUGUCACAACAGGACAGAGAAAGUAUGGCGGUCCUCCCCCUGGAGGUGACCCAACACCACCUGGCACAGGCCAUGAGAUAUUCGUUGGGAAAAUCCCCAAGGAUGUGUUUGAGGAUGAGUUGAUCCCACUGUUUGAGAAGUGCGGCAAGAUCUGGGACCUGAGGCUGAUGAUGGAUCCCAUGACUGGGCUCAACCGUGGUUAUGGCUUUGUCACUUUCUGUGAGAAGGAAGCAGCAGCAGAAGCUGUCAAUAAGUUGCACAAUUAUGAAAUUAGACCAGGGAAACAGCUGAAGGUCAACAUUUCCAUUGCAAAUGUAAGACUCUUUGUUGGCAACAUUCCCAAGAACAAGUCUAAAGAAGAGAUUAAAGAAGAAUUUGGAAAAAGAACAGAUGGCUUGGUGGAUGUCAUCGUGUAUGGCUCAGCUGAUAACCCCAAGCAGAAGAACCGAGGGUUUGCCUUCCUAGAAUAUGAGACGCACAAACAGGCCUCAAAUGCCAAGCGAAAGUUGCAAGCUGGACAUCCCAAAUUCUGGCAGUGUGAUGUCAUUGUGGACUGGGCCGACCCUAUGGAAGAGCCUGAUGAUGAAACCAUGUCAAAGGUGAAAGUGCUGUAUGUGCGCAAUCUGACAUCGGAUGUUACUGAGGAUAUGCUGAAAGAGAAGUUUGGGGAGUUUGGCAAAGUUGAGAGAGUCAAGAAGAUCAAAGAUUAUGGCUUCAUCCACUUUGAAGAACGAGACGAUGCUUUGAAAGCCAUGAAGGCCCUCAACGGGCAGAAGAUUGGAAGCUUGGAGGUGGACAUCUCACUUGCAAAGCCUCCUUCGGAGAACAAGAAAAAGGAACAGCGCAAGCGUGACCAGGAGCGCCGCAUGAUGAGAGCUCAUUACUAUGGAUAUGAUGACUACUGGGCUCCUCCGCCCGUUCGAGCCAUCGCCGGGGUGAGGGCUCCAUUAAGACGACAACACUACCCAGAGCCCUUCUAUGAUGAUUACUACAGCUAUGAGGAGUUUGACUAUUAUGCCUAUCAGCCCCUGCCUCCAGUGAGGGGUGGUCGUGGCCGAGCUGCUGCUUUGCCCCCUCGGCCUAUCAGAGGCCAUACUGGGGCCCAGCAUACCCGCGCGGCAGGAGGCCAGGCAGCAGCAGGGGCGGCCGCUAGAGGCCGAGGAUUUGGACCUGCCAAGGGGGCCUCACGCGGGGGGCGUGGGGCUAGCAGUAGCAACAGCCCGUCGGCAGGGACAUCACCAGGCACGGCCAGAGGAGGAAAACGGAAAGCAGGCACAGACUUUCAGAGCGGGAACUUAAAGAGACGGAGCAUGGAUGGUUGGGGCACUCAACCUAUAGCACAGAGGCCCCUGAACAGGUUUGCACCAGACAUGUACGGGGGCAUGGGCUAUGAUGGGAGUGAUGCAGCUUGGUAUGAAGAUUCAUAUGGGCAAAAUUGGGGUUGA